CAAGCACUGAGCAAAAGCGAGUCAGUGUGUUUUGCAGAAACGAGUAAAACCCGUAUUUAAUUUUCACAACCCCCAUUCCAACCCUCUCUCUCUCUCUCUCUCUCUACUUUCUCUCUCUUCCCCUUUCUUUACUUUCUCUUCCACUGGUUUCCUCCUCACUGCAAUCCCCCCCAGAAGAAAAGCUACUACGACCCCCAAAAAAAAAAAAAAAAUUUUGCGCUUCACUUCGCUGUAAAUGCAGGCGGGAUCAUCCUGCCCACGCCAAACCCUAGAGACCCAGUAGCUUUCUCCUCCCUCUUCAGUCCCCACGCCCUCGGCCUCGCCGGAGAUUCGGAGCUCUGCGCCCCCCGCCUCGUCCAUGGCCGCCGCCGCGACCUCCUCCCGCCGCCGCCGCCUCGGCGUCGGGCCCCUCUCGGCCUUGGCCCUCGUCGUCGUCUCCCUCGGAGCGCUCGCCGACGACCCGGGCCCCUCCUUCUCCUUCCGCGGGUUCGCCAAAGACGCCUACUUUGAGUCCAACGUCGCAUUGUACGGAGACGCCAAGGUGGUCUCCGCCGGGGGUUCCUCGGUUCAGCUGACCGGCGCGGGGGGCCCGAGCGCCGGGGCGGUCGCGUACAGGAGACCCAUCAAGAUCGUGCAAGGUAAUCCGGAGAAUCUGGUCUCUUUUUCGACGCACUUCGCGUUUUCUUUGUCCGGAGGCGGUGGAGAUGGCUUUGCGUUCGCUCUGUCUCCGAGCGGCUUCAAUGCGGACGGAUUUGGGGACAUGGAUAGUCCCUUCGGCCUUCCUCUGGGAAAGAACGGGACCUCGAACGGGACCGUCGCGGUUGAAUUCGAUUCGGUGAAGAAUGCCGUGGCGAUUGAUGCGGGCGGCCUCGGGCCUGUCAAAGCGAAGAACUUGUCUUCGCUUGAUUUGGUGCUGAAUAGCGGGAGCAAGCUCCAUUCUUGGAUAGAUUACGAAGCUGGGUCGAGAAGGUUGGAGGUCAGGGUGAGUCGGUCCUCCGAGUCGCGGCCGUCGGAUCCGACCCUCGCUCGAUUCGUGGACUUGUGGACGAUGUGGAAGGAGGGCGAUGUGUUUCUGGGUUUGAGCUCAUCCAAUGGGAACUCGAGCCAGGCAUGCUUUAUCCAUUCUUGGAGCUUCAAGCUCAGGCAUGUCCCUCGAUCGAUGCACUCGGAGCCGGUGGAUCCUCAAGCCAUCCGUCAGAACGCCAAGAAUCUGGGAGCCCAUGAGAAGAACGAUUGCUUCUUGAAAGUGCUCGCGGCGAUGGUUUUCGGCACGGGGAGCGGCGCUCUGGGGGCGUUCGUGGUCCUGUACCUGUGGACGAUAUUCGGGAACCGGCGUCCGGUGGCGCCGGAGGAGUUUGUGGUGGAGCCUGUGGAUUUGAAGAAGUGCAAUAAAUUGGAGGUGAUUGUAGUAGAUAAGGAGGCCGUCAAAGAUGUGAGUGCGACCAAGUGAAAGCUGACUGGUGUUUAGAUAAGCCCAUCAAAGAAGAUGGUGGCACGUUAGGUGUUUGAAGAUGGGGAGAUUUUUGCUGUUGGUCUUUUCUUGCUGUAAAUUGAUGUCUUCUUUGGUUCUUUCAUUUUCAGCUUUCUUGUGUUGUUGUAAUCUGAUAAUUAACUGUCUAAAAUGUAGUUUAUUGUCACAUAUUAUCCAGUUUGAAAGCACUUAAGAGGGUUCUUUUCAGUACCUUAAAUGCGUA